AUGGAGGAAGAAUGCCUUAAAAAUAUCCAGGUUCAGCACAUCUCUCCGGAGAGGCUACAGCUAGUCAGAUACUGCAAGAAACCACAGGACCUGGAAAUAAUCUAUGACGAGGUGAAGGGUGAGCAGCAGGGAUCAGACACACGUCCUGUCAAAAAAGAUAAUAAAAAGAAAACUCCACUGUUUACUCUGCUUCAUGUGGUGGCAGCAGUUUUGGGGAUUAUCUGUGUCUCUCUGCUGUCAGUCCUCAUCGCCCUCAGUAUCUACUUUGAAGCAGUCGUGUCAGAGCGGCUCAGAGAAAACAGCAACCUGACAGCCCAGAAUCUGCAGCUGUGGACAGAGAAGACUGAUUUAGAGAGACAAUACAAAGAACUGGCCAGAGAGAGAGACGGACUCAACUGGACCAUCGGAGUCAUCCUGGAACACAAGAACUUCCCGGUGGAUCGACACUGCCCACAGAAAGUGUGUAAACCUUGUCUGGACGACUGGCUGCAGUUUCAGACCAGAUGUUACUUUUUUUCCAAAUCUGAUUAUUCGGAAUGGAAAAAUUGGGCCACAAGUCGUGAAGAGUGCAGAAAGACUAAUGCAGAUCUGGUGGUGAUUGACAGCCAGGAGGAACAGGAAUUCAUCAAUAAUCACACAAUACCCCACUAUGAUGAAAAGCACGGCUACUGGAUUGGCUUGAGCAGAGAGGCUGUGAAGGACGGGUGGAAGUGGGUGGAUGGAAGCAAUGUCACUGUGGCGUACUGGAGGACACAAGAACCUGCCCACAGAGAAGUGUGUGCUUUAAGUCUGCCGCGUGCAGCUCCUCUGGCCAACUGGGACAAAGUGAACUGCAGGGAGUGGAACCGCUGGAUCUGUGAAACAAGAGCUCUGAUCAAAAGAUCAGCCCCAGUUAUUCCCCUGGACAACCUUUCCACAUCUGCUCUUGAUCUCAACAUUGUGGUGAUCUAUUGCCCUCCUGGUCCUCUCAUACAAGACGCAGCACAACUCCUGGUCCAAGCGCUGGUCAUCAUCUCCCGCCUGGACUACUACAACUCCCAGCCUCUUUCCAUUUCAGAGACAAAGCUGUUGUGGUUCUUGUCAUGUCCCCUCCUGUUUAAUCAGGAAGAGACCACUAACAUUAACUCUGAUUGUCUCAUGAUUUCCCCAUGUUGUCGCCCAGAGAACAAAGAGGAGCCGACCAUUUAUGAUGAAGUAAAGCCUAAAGUUCCUCCUGCUACUGAACCAGAUGGCGAGGCAGCUGCUGCUCGCUCGGUCUUUCGUGUGCUGGCCGUGUUCUCGGUGAUACUCUGCGUCCUGCUGCUGGCGAGCGUCGGCGUCAUCGUCUACGUCAGCGUAGUGAUGAACCAGCAGGCAGCGAUCCUCAGCAACCUCAUGGCAGAAAACCAGCAGCUGAUGACGGAGAGGAGCGUCUUGGAGAGAGAGACAGAGGAGCUGAGCAGAACCGCAGGCAAUCUCGACUGGACCCUGGGAGUCAUUAUGAAGCACGACAACUUUCCAGUGAGCGAAUUCUGCCCAGAAAAAAAGUGCCAGCCGUGUCGGACAGACUGGAUCCCGUUCGAGGGAAAGUGCUACCUGUUUUACAAUAAAGGUCCUCCGUGGCUGACGUGGAAACAGAGCCGGAAGUAUUGUCAAGAUAGAACUGCAGAUCUGGUCGUUAUUGACAGUCUCCAUGAACACGAAUUCGUCAGCAAUCACAGCAAGUCCUACUAUGACUGGGCACAUGGCUACUGGUUGGGGUUGCAUGAAACUGUUGACAAAAACUGGCGCUGGAUCAACGGACAUAACGACACUCUCGGCUAUUGGAUCGUCACAGAGAAACUUGGCAGCGACGGUCCAUACGCACUGUUGAUCCCCGGGAGGCAUCCGACAGCCAGCUGGGACAAAGCGGGUUUCAUGUAUAACAGAUUCAUCUGUGAGAGUGACACUCUGAUCAGGUGAUCAGUCAUCAACCAACUUUUGAUUAUCAUGUUGUGUAAAAAAAAAAAAAAAGAGACAUUUCCCAAACUGUACCACCAAUCUUGGGGGAAAAAGGAAAAAUGAAUGAAAUUAAUAUAUUUAUUAUCCUGAAAUAGCCUGAGGAUUAUAAUGGUAAUAUGGUAAGUGUCCAUUAUUCUGUACAAUUGUUUAAAAAACUACGAUUAUGUAUUUUAUCAGCUACUUCACGUUGUCUACCUUUUUGGACAGAAGUCUAGUUUGACUGACGCCAGAGACGACAGCAGCCAAUGCCUGUACAUGCUGCUAAUUUCCACUAGAUAUCAGGGUUUUUCUUAUAUAUACAAAUAGGUGAGUAAGCACUGAUUCAAUGGAAAAAUUCAACCAUCCAUCAGUCACAUAUCAAUGUAAUCGCUGGGUAAGUCAGUGAACAUGUGAUCACUGCUCAGUGUCUUCUUUGAUGGAACAACUUCACCGGUUUCCGUUCCUGUGGUCGAGUUAAUAAUCAGAUGUGUUGUGCAAAAACAGAAAAGAAAAAAAAAAAAGUUCUUGACAGAUGCCAUGUAAACAAAUCAUUUUGUAAUUUUUUAUAUUGGUAGGGUGAUUGUGUCUCAGUAUUUUCUUAUCCACUUGUUUUAUUUCAUUGUUUUAUUUAAAUUUUUAUCCUGUUGUUUUUGUGCACAUUUGACAAAUUGUGCUUCAUAAAUAAAAUAAUUGCUUUUUUUUCUGAAUGUAUGAGCAUUAAAUGGAUGUAUGUAUUCUGUGACAGUUAUACGAAGGUCAUUAACAUCCAGGAACACGCGUGCACACGUCAGCGGACUCAAACCUGUUGGAAGUUACUGAGAAUGAAUGAUGACUAACAUUACGUCCUUCCUGUCACAAACUUUGUAAUUUCUCCUUUUCCAAAGUCUGGAAAAAUACAGAAAUGACUUCAACCCAGAACAUUCUCUGGGGUAAAGAGUCGGAUUAUGAACUGAUAAAACGGCAGCUUCAUAUUGUUGCAUUAAGAAGAUAUUGAAUAUUAUUUUGAGUGGCGUGCUGUUCAUCACUGACAGAGACUCAAUGUGCAACAGAGGUUUAACAGUGUGACCUUUAUAAGAGAUUAUUUAUUAGAGGAAGUGUCAAACUCAUUAAGAAAAAUAUAAUCACAGAUUUUUAUUCACACCAUGACUGGCAUUUAUUUUAUCCUUUCUAAUAAAGACAAUAACAAAUCUGAACAUUUCAAGAAAUCUCACAAGCGCGGUUUGAAAUGUCACAUCAUUUAUUUUGCAUUUAAAAUUUCAGAAUUGUAAUAAUUGGUAGUUUCAUCUUAUGUGGAUUACAUUCAAUACAGACAGAUGUCAAACAACUCCAAGAAGAGUUAUUUAUGAUGCAAUUCUUGAUAUUUCAUUAGAAUUUUCCACUGAAAUGCAUAUUCAACACUAGGUUGUCAAUAUAGGCACCUUAAUUGGCACAAGUUGUAAUAAUUAAAACCCAUCAAAUGUCAACAACGACUCAGUUUAGAAAAGUUUUGCUUGGUUUGCAUUGUCUGGAUUAGCAGAUCAAUUAUUUUAAAAGAAUCAAACUAAAAGAUUUACUGAUUGAUUCAGUUGGACACAUUUCAUGUUGUAAACAAUCACAAAUCUUAAAAAGUCUGCAUCACCUGCAAAUAACUAACCUGCCCUGGUUCCCUCAGUCACUUGAAGCUCUGCAGCAGGUUAUAAUAACUUUUACAGCUCAGAUAACAUUGAUGAAAAAUCUAUUUGACAGCAUACAAGUGAGGUUAGAUGACUUAUUUGAGAAAGUGCUUGAAACCCAUGACCAGUGGAGUGACCCUCUGUCAUAGAGUUACUUACAGAUAUCAAUUAUUUUUAUUUUUCCACUUUGAGAACCUUUUGUUUAGCUGGCAGAUGAGGCACAACUACAGAGGUCAUUAUUUGGUUACUUGUCUCCAAGAUAUUCAUCAACCAAUGGAAAACCUGUUAAAUGUGAGAGCACGGCCUCUAUAAAGUUCAUGUUUGGUGCAUGACUCACCGGAGCUGAUUCAAGGUAAGGCUCACGUCC